AUGGCGACGGCCGAACCGCCCCAAUCAUCCAUGGCCACGGUGUCGGCCUGGGGCAAGUCCUCCAUGUCCCCCGCCGGCCUCGCGACCCUCAUUACGGCCCUGCACUUCCGCCCGCUACAGAUUCGCCCCUUGCUUUUCGUGCCCAUUCUCAUGUUCUCGAGCUACAUCAACCUGCAAGGUUUCAAGAAGGACAGCGCUGGUUUAACGGCAGCAGCGAGCGGCACCUACGCUUUGCUGGCGCUGCGGCGGAAGCCAACCGCCUUGAUGAAUCGCUUCAGCGUCCGCGGUGCCGUGCGAGGGGCUGCCGUGCUGCUGGGCACUGCGAACGCCGUUGGUUGCGGAUGGGUCUACGCGACGGUGGAUCGGCAGGCUGAGAAGGUGGAGCGGGAGAGUAAUCCGAGAUGGGUCGAGUAA